ACGCACCCCCGUCCGGGGCGGGGCCUUGGGCUGCGUUCCCGGGGCAGGGCUUGCCGCCGCCGGAACCCCCCAGGGGGCGCUCGCGCGGAGGUUUCCGAACUAGUAUCUCGCGGGUUGCUGGGCGCGUGGGUUUCGUCAGAAGGUGGAAAUCUCUCUGAGAAGCUGCCAUCUCCCCGCCACCCGCUCGCGUGCCCUCCUCUUCCUUCCUGCCUCCUUCCCUUCCUCCCUUCCUCCCUCACUCCUCCACUCCCCCCGUUUCCACACUGCCUUCCACUUUACUCUCGGAGUUAACUGAGCCGAGCGGCUACCUCCUACAUUUUCACCCUUUCCCCCGCACCCCCCUCUCCAAGAAUGGAGUCAGGGUUUCCGGGGAGACCAAACUCUGCUCUCAGCAUCUUUUCCAUCUGCUGUUGCUAAACUGGCCUCAGAGGACGAGGGGGGAGGGAAGUCCGACCCCCUUUACACCACUACACAAUUGCAACACCUCUACUCCAAAGCCGGAUUUUGCAUCCUGGGGGCGGGACAGACCUCUUCCCGGGCCGAAUUCUCUUUUACUGUUCGAGGUUGGCACACCCAGAAUGAAGAAGAUGAGUAAUAUUUACGAGUCGGCUGCCAACACACUGGGGAUCUUUAACAGCCCCUGCCUGACCAAAGUGGAGCUGCGUGUGGCGUGCAAAGGCAUUUCUGACAGAGACGCCCUUUCCAAGCCAGACCCUUGCGUCAUCCUCAAGAUGCAGUCCCACGGGCAGUGGUUUGAGGUCGACCGAACAGAAGUGAUCCGCACCUGCAUAAACCCGGUGUACUCAAAACUGUUUACGGUGGACUUCUACUUUGAGGAGGUACAGCGUCUGCGCUUUGAGGUGCACGACAUUAGCAGCAACCACAACGGGCUGAAGGAGGCUGACUUCCUGGGCAGCAUGGAGUGCACGCUGGGCCAGAUUGUUUCCCAGAGAAAACUGUCCAAAUCGUUGUUGAAGCAUGGUAACACCGCAGGGAAGUCCUCCAUCACAGUGAUUGCUGAAGAAUUAUCUGGCAAUGAUGACUACGUUGAACUUGCGUUUAAUGCACGGAAAUUGGAUGACAAGGAUUUCUUCAGUAAAUCUGACCCGUUUCUGGAAAUUUUUCGUAUGAAUGAUGAUGCAACUCAGCAGCUGGUGCACAGAACUGAGGUCGUGAUGAAUAACUUAAGCCCAGCGUGGAAAUCAUUCAAAGUAUCAGUAAAUUCUCUAUGCAGUGGAGAUCCAGACCGCCGGCUGAAGUGCAUCGUGUGGGACUGGGACUCCAACGGCAAACACGACUUCAUUGGCGAGUUCACCUCGACGUUCAAAGAGAUGAGAGGCGCCCUGGAAGGGAAGCAGGUCCAAUGGGAGUGCAUCAACCCCAAGUACAAAGCCAAGAAGAAGAAUUACAAGAACUCGGGCACUGUGAUUUUGAAUCUGUGCAAGAUCCACAAGAUGCAUUCCUUCCUGGAUUACAUCAUGGGGGGCUGCCAGAUCCAGUUUACAGUAGCUAUAGAUUUCACCGCCUCCAAUGGGGAUCCCAGGAACAGCUGCUCCCUGCAUUACAUCCAUCCCUACCAACCCAACGAGUACCUGAAGGCCUUGGUGGCUGUAGGGGAGAUUUGCCAAGACUAUGACAGUGACAAAAUGUUCCCAGCCUUUGGGUUCGGUGCCAGGAUACCCCCAGAGUACACGGUCUCUCAUGACUUCGCAAUCAACUUUAAUGAAGACAACCCAGAAUGCGCAGGAAUUCAAGGCGUCGUGGAAGCCUAUCAGAGCUGCCUUCCGAAGCUCCAGCUGUACGGCCCCACCAACAUCGCCCCCAUCAUCCAGAAGGUGGCCAAGUCAGCGUCGGAGGAGACCAACACCAAGGAGGCCUCGCAAUACUUCAUCCUGCUGAUCCUGACGGACGGCGUCAUCACAGACAUGGCAGACACCCGGGAGGCCAUCGUGCACGCCUCCCACCUCCCCAUGUCGGUCAUCAUCGUGGGCGUGGGCAACGCGGACUUCAGCGACAUGCAGAUGCUGGAUGGAGACGACGGCAUCCUGCGCUCGCCCAAGGGAGAGCCCGUCCUUCGCGACAUAGUGCAGUUCGUGCCCUUCAGGAACUUCAAACACGCUUCUCCAGCUGCCCUGGCAAAGAGCGUGUUGGCUGAAGUCCCAAACCAAGUGGUGGACUAUUACAAUGGCAAGGGGAUUAAGCCAAAAUGUUCAUCAGAAAUGUAUGAGUCGUCCAGGACACUGGCUCCAUGACCUCCACACACUUUUACAGAGUUCUGAAGUACUAAUCCUGCUCAUAUUUAAUACUUCUACUGCUCCUGUACUCAGCACACACGCGCACACACACACACUUAAAGAUAGCACGUUUUGGUGAUUUUUAACUCAUUGACCAUUUUUUUUGCAUGUGUAGCCCUGAGGCCUGGAUCUGUUAAGCCCUUGUAUUGUUAAAGACUUUUUACAAAGAACCAGAAAUAAUUAUAACUUACUCUUUACAGCAUGUCGCCUUGAAAUAAAAUGGUAUCUGUAUCUGUUUUUAUACAGGUUUGUUGAAAUUUUGCUAAAUUUCUUAUUAUCUUUACACUGUAAAGCAUUUUGAAACAUUUACUGAAUGUCGAUAGCCAAAAUAUAUUUGGUUUUAUCUACAGGAUGAGAGACUUUUCAAAAUGGCGGCUGCAUGGACUGUAUUUUGCAUGUUUAAAAUAAAAUUAAAAAGUCCCACAUUGUUUUUGCAAUUGUUAUCUAUAAUUCUUCCCUACUGAGAAUGGUCUCUCCACUGAAGAGGUUUCCCCACUUGGAGGUGGUCUUCUGGAAGGGGGUCUCGGGCACUUAGCCCAGGACCUCUGACUUUGCUGUCCACACUGAUCACCUGAAUCUUACUAGGAUUCAGACCGUGAUGCAGUAGGUCUGCAUGGGCCCAGCCUUUGCAUCUGUAACAAGGUCCCAGGUGAUGCCAGUGCAGUCUUCAGACCUCACGAAGGGCAACGAGGGUCCAGCCUCAAGACAUGAUGGUAGAGACCUUCCAAAAAAAGGCAGCCUCAUCUGCUUUAGAAUGGUACCUCUUCCCACGCACAAAGGUCCUGCCUGCCUCAGAGGUGCGAGUAGAAAGUAAUGAGACUGAUUCCAGAAGCUGCACACCCCAAAUCAGUCUCACUGCUUUAUAGUCACACCUCAUUUUAAAACAGACUAGGGAGGGCUGCUACUGGCUGGCCCUGCCCCUUAAAAGGUGGCACCCCACUCUGCAGCAUGGAUGAUUCCAUUCUUUCCAUCCACCCCUAGCAGAGCUUAGAGUUUCAGGGGAACCACAGAGAUGGAAAAUUGCCGUGCACAGGCAGUGUGACUCCCCAGACCUCUGGCGCAGCAGGGUGAUCUGAAAGCAUAGUGUGGACCUUCUCUCUGCCUCUUGUAUCACUCCUGAGAGCAACUGGCAGCAGAAACGCCUGGGUUUACUGUUUUGGAUAGAGGUGUUUUGUUUUGAUAUAAACUAGCCAGUCUUGAACCAAAAGAAUGAAUGUUCUACUUGUAUAAUCUGCUCACAGAGAAACAACCAAGUGUUCUGUAGGCAUAAAAGCCCAAGAUAGAAUUUAUUUUUGGUCAGAGAGAUGGUGAAGUAAAUCACAAGGCAACAUGGAUCUGUCUGUUGUUUAUUUGUCGAGGGGAGAAGUGUUAACUAGCAAAUCAAAUGCCUCCUAUGAUUUCUUUUCCAGUGUUAUGAUUAUAGAGCCUAAUCUUGCAAAUACAUGCCAGAAAAAUGCACAACAUUUUGAGAAUGAUGGCAAAAAUGUAUGACUUGAAAAAAAAAAAAAACAACCACCAAUAUUUAAGCUGUAUUGUUUUCUGAAUAAAUUGGGUACUUACAGAA